GGCGGCGGCGGUGGUGGUGGCGCGGGAGGCUGGCGCUGCGCGGUGGUGCUUGCCCGGCGCACGGAUCCCCGCGCGGACCGACGGCCGAAGGGAGGGGGCGGCGCUGGGCCCCGAGCCGAGCGGGAGCCGCGCGCAGGGAGCCGGGCGCCGGCGGCCGCCAGACCCGGGAGUGGCGCCCUCCUCCCGCCGGUGCCCGUGCCGGGCCGUGGGGGGCAGCAUGCCCGCGCGCGACGCCUGAGGACGCCGCGGCCCCCGGCUCCGCCAUGGGCUCCCCGGCCUGCGCCCUCGCGCUCUGCGUGGCCGUGGCUGUCGUGGCCGGCGCCACCUCGGGGCUCCCGGGCACGGAGCUGCGCGUCGGACCGAGAGCGGCAGAGGCCCCGGGCUCCGAGCCCGGCCACCAGGAGCAGCUGGUCGUGGGCAGCGGGGACACCGUGGAGCUGAACUGCCGCCUGCCGGCGCCCGGCCCCUCGGGGCCCACGGUCUGGGUGAAGGACGGGGCCGGGCUGGAGCCCUCCGACCGCGUGCUGCUGUGGCCACAGCGGCUGCGGCUGCUCAACGCCUCCCACGAGGACGCCGGCACCUACAGCUGCUGGCUGCGGCUCACCCGGCGCUCCCUGUGCCACUUCACCGUGCGCGUGGCAGACGCGCCGUCCUCAGGGGACGAUGAGGACAGCGAGGACGAGGCUGGGGACACAGGCGAGCACGCAGCAGGGGCCCCUUACUGGACACGGCCUGAGCGGAUGGACAAGAAGCUCCUGGCCGUGCCAGCCGCGAACACCGUCCGCUUCCGCUGCCCGGCUGCCGGCAACCCCACCCCGUCCAUCUCCUGGCUCAAGAAUGGCAGGGAGUUCCGCGGCGAGCACCGCAUCGGGGGCAUCAAGCUGCGGCAUCAGCAGUGGAGCCUUGUCAUGGAGAGCGUGGUGCCUUCCGACCGUGGCAACUACACCUGUGUUGUGGAGAACAAGUUUGGCAGCAUCCAGCAGACGUACACGCUGGACGUGCUGGAGCGCUCCCCGCACCGGCCCAUCCUGCAGGCAGGGCUGCCGGCCAACCAGACGGCGGUGCUGGGCAGCGAUGUGGAAUUCCACUGCAAGGUGUACAGCGACGCGCAGCCCCACAUCCAGUGGCUCAAGCACGUGGAGGUGAACGGCAGCAAGGUGGGGCCCGACGGCACGCCCUACGUCACUGUGCUCAAGACGGCGGGCGCCAACAGCACCGACAAGGAGCUCGAGGUGCUGUCCUUGCACAACGUCAGCUUUGAGGACGCGGGGGAGUACACCUGCCUGGCGGGCAAUUCUAUCGGGUUUUCCCAUCACUCUGCGUGGCUGGUGGUGCUGCCAGGUACCCGCUCCUCCUGCUGGGCUGCUCUGUCGCUGCCGCCCACUCUGGGCCGGGCCGGGGGCUUCAGACAAACCCAAGCUGCCGGCUCCCCCGGGCCUGGUGUGGGAGCAGGGUCCCCGGCCAUGUCUGGACGCCGGAGGCCUCCCCUUGAGCUCCCCGCCAGCCUCGGCCGGGUGCCUGGAGGCUCAGGCCGGUGGCUUCGGCAUUGCUCGGGUGCGUGGUGGCUCGCUGGGUCUCUGUCCUGGUCUGUCCUGGCUCGCUGCUGCUUCUGGUCCCAGGGCGCUUGCACCGGAGCCUCGGGCCCCCCACCCGGGAGCCCCCCAGGCCCAAGUCCCCCCACCACAGCGGCCUGCGGGGGCAGCGGGCCAGGCCCCCGACGCCGUGUCUUUGCAGCCGAGGAGGAGCUGGUGGAGGCCGGCGAGGCAGGUGGCGUGUACGCGGGUGUCCUCAGCUACGGGGUGGGCUUCUCGCUCUUCGCCCUGGUGGUGGCGGCUGUGACUCUGUGCCGCCUGCGCAGCCCGCCUAAGAAGGGCCUGGUGUCGCCCACCGUGCACAAGGUCUCACGCUUCCCGCUCAAGCGACAGGUAACAGUGUCCUUGGAGUCCAACGCGUCUGUGAACUCCAACACGCCGCUGGUGCGCAUCGCCCGUCUGUCCUCCGGGGAGGGCCCGGCGCUGGCCAACGUGUCUGAGCUCGAGCUGCCUGCCGACCCCAAGUGGGAGCUGUCCCGGGCCCGGCUGACGCUCGGCAAGCCGCUCGGGGAGGGCUGCUUUGGCCAGGUGGUCAUGGCGGAGGCCAUCGGCAUCGACAAGGAUCGGGCUGCCAAGCCCGUCACCGUGGCCGUGAAGAUGCUGAAGGAUGACGCCACCGACAAGGACCUGUCGGACCUGGUGUCGGAGAUGGAGAUGAUGAAGAUGAUUGGGCGGCACAAGAACAUCCUCAACCUGCUGGGGGCCUGCACGCAGGGCGGGCCGCUGUACGUGCUGGUGGAGUACGCGGCCAAGGGCAACCUGCGCGAGUACCUGCGGGCACGGCGGCCGCCGGGCAUGGACUACUCCUUCGACACCUGCCGGCUGCCCGAGGAGCAGCUCACCUUCAAGGACCUGGUGUCCUGCGCCUACCAGGUGGCUCGCGGCAUGGAGUACCUGGCCUCCCAGAAGUGCAUCCACAGGGACCUGGCCGCCCGCAACGUGCUGGUGACCGAGGACAACGUGAUGAAGAUCGCGGACUUCGGCCUGGCCCGCGACGUGCACAACCUCGACUACUACAAGAAGACCACGAACGGGCGGCUGCCGGUGAAGUGGAUGGCGCCCGAGGCCCUGUUCGACCGCGUCUACACCCACCAGAGUGACGUCUGGUCCUUUGGCGUCCUGCUCUGGGAGAUCUUCACGCUGGGGGGCUCCCCGUACCCCGGCAUCCCCGUGGAGGAGCUCUUCAAGCUGCUGAAGGAGGGUCACCGCAUGGACAAGCCGGCCAAUUGCACACAUGACCUGUACACGGUCAUGCGCGAGUGCUGGCACGCGGCGCCGUCCCAGAGGCCCACCUUCAAGCAGCUGGUGGAGGACCUGGACCGCGUCCUGGCCGUGACGUCCACUGAUGAGUACCUGGACCUCUCGGUGCCCUUCGAGCAGUACUCGCCGGGUGGCCAGGACACGCCCAGCUCCAGCUCCUCAGGGGACGACUCCGUGUUUGCCCACGACCUGCUGCCGCCUGAUGGUGGGGGUCUGCGGACUUGAGAGCACCCUGCCCUCCAGGCCGGGCCCUGCCAACGGGGCAGCAGACACCCACCCUCCUGUUGCUGCCACCAGCGUAGUCAACCACUGGGCCCGCCAGCCCAGGCCUGAGAUGGAUGGACGGAUGGACAGGCAGAACCUUCCAGUGUGUGUGUGUGUGUAUGUGUGUGUGUGUGCGUGUGCGUGCGAGUGCAGAACCUUCCAGUGUGUGUGUGUGUGUGUGUGUGUGUGCGAGAGAGCACACGUGCCUCGUGGUCCUCGGGAGCGGGGUUCCCCUCGGGGUGCCCAAGCUGCUGUACGGAGCCCCGUGACCCAGCCAGCUGUGCCUGCAGCCCCAGAUGUGGAAUGUACAGGGGCCCACCUGCCCCAUGGAGCUCCUUGGGUGGGGAGCUGGGUCAGACGGCCACGGGCCCAGCUCUCUUGCCCCACCCCCCACCCCCUCACUGCCCCCCAUGGGGGCACAGGGCCAGGCGGGCUGAGCCCCUCCAGCUGCCCCAAGCCGAGCCUGCAGAAAGCCCCUGGGUCGAGCCAUGCCCCUGCCCAUGUGGCACCCUGCACCGAGCUCCCCCACCUCCUGGAGACCCCCCCUCCCGCCGGUUCCUUGGAGACUGACAUACGGGUACCUGAAGGCAGAAGCCUUUAAUUUCCAUCCACAAGGUUUAUUCCAGAAGUGUACAUUUAUAUAAAUAGAUGCUGUGUACAUGAUAUAUAUACUUACAGAGAUAGACGUAUCUGUGGGGGGGCACAGAUGGGCAUAGCUGGGGCCCAGGGCCCUGAGUGGGCAGGGAGGGGGUGUGGGGAGACCCCCACUGGGGCUUCAAGGGAUGAGACCAACGCUGCAGCGAGCCGGGGGGCUGAGGGGCUGAGGGGCUUCUCUAGCGUUGCAGUUUUGUUUGAAAAAUUCUCCCUGGAGUUGUAUAUUUGUAAAGCUAUUUAUCAGCCCUCAGAGCUCCUGUCCAUGCCACGUUUGUAGCGUUUAGCCAGCUGGGUGGCAGAAAGAUGUAAGUUUUAACUUAUUAACAGCUGAGGUUUAUGGGGCUUGCGGAGAAGGGAUGUGCUGGGCAUGGGGCCCCCCAAAGCCAGAGCUGGCCCCGGGCAGCCAAGAGAGCGUUCAGUUUGGGGCGACCCCGCGAGCAUCUUUGUUUCCUUUGGCCUUCUUUUGCAGGGCAAUUAGGUUUCUACAGGGUUUAUCUUUAGGAGAUUUAUUUUUGGGGUCUUCGAAAUAAGUUGGUAUUUUCAUACAGGUUCUAAUUGCUGCGAGUCCCACGCAGGGGGACAGGCUCUGACGGGAGUCGGCUGUGCAGGCGCUGAUGGUGUUAGAUGUUACGAGUUUGUAUCUAUCUACCUACAUAUAAUUUAUUGAGUUUUUAUAAGACGCAUUGCCAUAGUCUUAACAGUUCUCACGCAGUGCUUUUGGCCUUGACGGCCUAGCCUGCCACCUUUGGAUCUGGGGAGCAGACGCUGUGAGUUCAGCCAUGUUCCUUCCGGGGCUGCACCGUGCCCCCCACGUCUGGGAGGCUGCCUCUUUGCCUGAGGGCUCGGGCCUCUUGUCCUUGGGGCCCAAACCAGUAGACUGUGCUUUUGUUACCUUGGCAGUGGAUGUGGCAAAAAAUAAAGAGUGAUGACUGACUCGAA